CCCGGUGACCCUUGCGACGUCUUUCACUUCCGGGUCAACCCCAACCCCGCGGAGCUCCGGGUGCCUGGCGACACCUGGAGGUCAGACAGCGACACUGCAGCUGGAAAAAAAGAGCAAAGAAAAGUCAAAUACAGUCAAAGCGGCGAGCAGCGGAAGUCGAGCUGUUAUUUCCGGCGGUUGUGUUCGGUGCGGUCUCGCUCGGCUCGGCUCGGCUCGGCUCGGCUCGACCAGCAGCGGCAGGAGCAGCGGACGGUAAACCCGAGUGUGACCGCGGAGGAAAGAUGGCGGCCCCUGCUCUCUCCGGUCGGACCGGCUCGGCGGGCAGCCUCGGGAACAGCCCCACCAUGGCCGCGGGCAGCAGGCUGCCGCACGGCGGCGUCGGGCCCGAGCUCGACUUCAGGUCCGCGGCCCGCGUCGACGACCUGAACCGCCUCAUCCAGGAGUUCAGCAAACACGACCAGAGGGAGUACGACGACCAGCGGGCUCUGGAGAUCCACACGGCCAAGGACUUCAUCUUCUCCAUGCUGGGAAUGGUCCAGAAGUUGGACCAGAAGCUCCCGGUGGCCAACGAGUACCUCCUCCUGUCGGGAGGCGUUCGAGAGGGUGUGGUGGACAUGGACCUGGACGAGCUGAGCGUCUACGCCCGCGGCACAGACUACGACAUGGACUUCACUCUGCUGGUCCCGGCACUCAAACUCCACGACCGCAACCAGCCGGUGACCCUGGACAUGAGGCACUCGGCCCUGGGUCACUCCUGGCUCAGCCUCCGCCUCUUCGACGAGGGAACCAUCAACAAGUGGAAGGACUGCUGCACCAUCGUCGACCAUAUCAGCGGCACCACCAACUACUUCUUCUCUCCUACACUGGUGGCGGACUGGUUCUACCAGUCCAUCUCCCUGGUGCUGUUGGAGGUGCAGAAGAAGCCGCAGAGAGGGAUGCCAAGAGUGGAGAAGGUGGAGAGGAACGGCACCAUCAUCUCCGUCAUCCUGGGCGUCGGGAGCAGCCGCAUGCUCUACGACAUCGUCCCCGUGGUGUCGUUUAAAGGCUGGCCGGCCGUGGCUCAGAGCUGGCUGAUGGAGAACCACUUCUGGGACGGGAAGAUCACAGAGGAGGAAGUGAUCAGCGGCUUCUACCUCGUCCCUGCCUGCUCCUGCAAAGGCCGCAAGGAGAACGAGUGGCGCCUGUCAUUCGCCCGCAGCGAGGUGCAGCUGAAGAAGUGCAUCUCGUCCAGCCUAAUGCAGGCCUACCAGGCCUGUAAGGCCAUCAUCAUCAAGCUGCUGUCCCGCCCCAAAGCCGUCAGCCCCUACCACCUCCGCAGCAUCAUGUUGUGGGCCUGCGACCGCCUUCCCGCCAACUACCUGACACAGGACGACUUCUCCGCCCACUUCCUGCUCGGCCUGAUUGACGACCUGCAGCACUGCCUCGUCAACAAGAUGUGUCCCAAUUACUUCAUCCCCCAGUGCAACAUGCUGGAGCACCUGUCCGACGAGACGGCCAUGCUGCACGCCCGCAAACUGUCCUCGGUGCGCUCCGACCCGACCGAGCACCUCCGCACCACCAUCGAACACGCCAAGGCCGCCAACAGGUUGACGGUGGAGCUGCAGUGGCGGGGCAGCUCCAGCAACCUGCCGUCGCCGCAGUCCGACGCCGGCGGAGAGAGCCAGCCGGACGACCGCCUGGCCAAGAAGCUUCAGCAGCUCGUCACGGAGAAUCCUGGGAAAUCAAUCUCGGUCUUCAUCAACCCAGACGACGUCACACGACCACAUUUCCGCAUCGACGACAAAUUCUUCUGAGACAGAGAAACGUUCUCCCAGGCCUCUUCCUGCUCCUCUUCUUCCUCUUACUCUCUGCCUUCUCUCCAGUCGCCUGGUGACACACCUCCUCUGAAGCUUUAUUUUUUACUUUUUUUUUAUGUUUCUCUGCCACAGAGUGAAGUGAGUGAUCGUCUCGUUGUGUCUGCCACAGUUUUUUAUUUUUUAUUUUUCUAUUCCCUGUCCCUCCUCGUUCACUGUGUGCCCUGUGUUUUUCUUAACCUGCUGAAUGCCUUUUAAAUAGACAGCUGAAUAGCAGCGGGUUGAUUUUAAAAACCUGAAAGACGAAGGAAGAAAAUCCACCUUCAGAGAGAAAUCCUCUUCCUGUGUCGUGGUAGUUUCAUGUAUUUAUCAGGGAACCUGGAGCUGAGACGAAAGCCACUGACUGAAAACAUCGCAGAAGCUCAUUCCGAGUCAAGUUGGGUUCGUCGAUCGGGCGACGGGUUGUUAAUCCGCGGUAAUCGGGUCACAAAGAUCCGCGUCGUGUCUGAAGGUGGAUUCUGCCCCGUUGAGGAAUGUCUUAGUCCCGCUGGGGGAUGAUGGUACUAACGUUUUAGAAACUAACUGUAUAUAGAAGAAAACUGACUGAACUCGUGUGUAGACAGAAGGUGACGUAGUCAAUGAUGAUGAUUUGUGGACUACUUGUUUAACUUUACACAGAAUGUAAAAAAACACUUUUCCUCUCGACGGUGGACGUCGCCUUCGUGCUGAUUCCAGAAUAAUGUUUCAUAUCGUUAGUCGGGUGACACUUUGCCGAAAAGAAUUGUCUCUUGCACAUUGUGAAUGUGUUUAUUAUUAACCUGAUGGUUAACGGCAGCAAGUACACGGCGACACUCUGGCAGUCAUACUUCAUCAUGCGUUCACACACGCAGCUUCACCCUGAGGUCCGUGCGUCUGCAGCAGCAACUAAAAUACUGUGAUUACAUCAGGAAGUCAAGGGAUAAAUGAGCAUGAACGGUAGAGGACGGAGCUCAACCAUAGACUAUAUACAGACGAUCAGUGACUAUAUAUAAAGAUGACGGCAAGUCUCUUCGUCCUCUCAUUGAAAACUAAAAUUAAGCUAAAAGAUCUCAGAUUCAGGAGCCCCAUCUUGUGCUGGCGAUGUCAUGUGGAGUCAGAGUCUGUGCAGUAGUUAGAUUGUGGAGUGGAGCCGUGGUAUCUAGGCCCCGCCAAUACACACGCUCUCCACCAAUCGUAUCAGCCUCAGCUGUCAAUCAUGAUGUCUCAGCCCGUUUUUAUAUCAUCAAUGUGUAAAUAUUGAUGCAGUUGAAUCAGGAGUACGGAGAUCACGGACGUCUUCAGCAGAAGUAUUUAUUACAGGAGCUCAAUAUGUCGAGGAGAUUUGUGGUUCAUUACACUGAUCAACAAGUGGUGAGUGCAUGGUGUACCCCAAAAACCUCCCAGCCCAUGUCUGUCUCCAUAGAAACGCUCUAUCUCAGUACAUUUAGGACAAAGGGCCGACCUUUUAACAACUCAACAUUCUGAGAGUUGGGACGGUCAAAUAACUAAUGAGAAGCAAAGUGAUCAGAAACAUGAAAACUUGAACAAACAUCAGUGUGAUACCAACGACCUCACAUGACAGACACCAGGGGGCGGGGCUUAUGGCCUGUACUGCAGCCAGACACCAGGGGGCGAUCAGGAUGAUUUUUGCUUAAUGUUCGAGGGGCUGUCAUGUCGUCCAUCUUUAUUUACAGUGUGUGAGUUUGAACACUAACAACCGACCACACACGAGCCGCAAAAACAGAAUAACCAAAUACACUAACAUGCUGAAAACACGAUACUCUGUCACCACGCGUGUGUUUAGUUCUGUUUGUGUUUUCUUUAGCUGCAGUGUGUCGAAGCUCUCAAAAGGUUUUUACAAACAUCAGUAAACUUUGAGGAGGAACCUCCUCGUUGUCGACCAGUGAAACUUCAAUAUGAGAAAUUGUGACCUGGCAGCUGCAGACUCGGCUGCUGGUGUGAGGCUGUUUGUGUGACCUCUUCGUCGCUGCGUUCUUACAGUCUGAACAUCGCUGCGUUACGACCGUCGUCUGGUCCAGUGUCACGUGACAAAUCGCCGACAUCACUCUCACUUUGUUUGUUUUCGAUCAGAUGCGAUCGCACUUUUCAAUACGCUUCACUGUUUCUGCACGACCUCGUGCUUUCUCUCUGGUUCAGCUGCUUCUUCAUGUGUCGACUCAACCAGCUCAGGAUGUGAAGCGACGUGCGAAGGAGGAACAGUUAAAUGUCCUGUAUUGGCUCCUCCCACAGCCGCUAACGUCAGUAGUUACUGGAACCGACUCGGAAACGAUUCGUAGAUUUACCUCCUGAGAAUCCCCUGAUCUUUAGGUUUAGUUUCCUCCGCCAAGCAGGUUUUCGAGUUUGUUUGUUGGUCUCAUCCUCCCACCAAGUUUCGUGGAAAUACGCUUGGUAGUUUUUGAACAAAGACACACAAAAAGGUAUACAUGAACUGUUGAAUGUAAAAAAGUCAGACGGUAAUGCCGAUGGGAAACAGGCAGUCUGUGCUAACUGGGGCUAAAGCUAGCGUCAAACAUACACACAGCGACUCGUGUCAAAGAGCAUGGGCUGCCCACUCAGCAACAAUAGUUUUAUCCUCCGUUUCUGAAGGUCAGGACGUCUGACCACGGCGACGUAGGGGAGGAGCUCAACGCUCUGGCCACAUGGCGUCACGUGAAUAUUUGGCUCAAGUUCAAAUGUUUCAAAGCGAGCGAUUCAUGUCUUCAUUUGAUAUUCUGUUAACAGAUGCUGCGAUCCAUAUACCUCGGAACUGGGAUGUCGGGUUUAUCGUUCCAAUAUAAUCUAGGAACUCGGCAUUACGACCUCUGAGUCGGAAAUGCAACUGGAACGCCCCUCGGUUAUACCUCGGGAAGAAAACACCACCCGCCCGAGUUCCGAGGUGAAACGGAACGCAGCAAGACUCCCGCUGUUGUGCUCUUGUCGAAGCAUCAUGAGAGUUGUAGUUGUAGCUCCUGAGCUGCUUGUGUUGUUUUCAACUGUCCCAAACAUUUCCAGACAAAACAAUCUGCAGACCUCUGACCGGCAAUGUUCUCUCCAUAUCUUCAUCCUCAAGUGCAAUUAGUGAAAACACACGUACACGUCAUGUAGCAAAAAAAAAAGGACACUAAUGAAGGUAAAACUUAAGGACACAAACGGACCACAGGACACAAACCAACACACUCAGCGGUAUCUCACGCCAUCAAUGUGCCACACACACACACACACACACACACACUCCUGCUCGGUGGACGUGAUCAAUGUCUUGUUCUUCCGAGCGUCAUGACCUCUGACCUGACUCCUCUGUCGUCUCUUCAGAACCUCUUGACUGUGAGUUUUAUUUUUUCCUCUGUAACUUGCUGCUCUGCUUUGUCCUGACGAUGGAUUUUCUUUAUGCAACGUUGACGUGGAUGGUUUUUAACGCGUCAGAUGGCAGCUCACCCCGUUGUCCACAGCACCGCUGUCCGUUCUCUCCGAGUAAUUAUUAAUCUUAAUCUCUGGAUAUAUGAACUCUGUGAUCUGAGCUGGAAUUUCAGUCAAACAGCCGUGCUUUCAUACAGAUUGGGCCUCAUGCAAGAACCGGUGGCACGAACAGAUUUGUCCAUGAUGGUCCAGACGUGUCGUACGAGUCACGUGAGAUCACUCAAGUUAUUUUACUAAUGGAAUCGAAUAUUUCAUCACAUCCAAACUCGUAAAAAGUUAUUUUUACUCUUUGAUGUGGUUUUCAUGAAUGAACACUUGACGUGGGGGAGGAAGUGCAGCCUUAUAUGGCAUCACUUGGUAAUUCUCAUAAUUGCCUGUCCUCGUGCACGAUUGCUCAAAUACGCGCAGGUGGCAUUCAUCCUGUUCACGCAGGUCAUACACACUUUCCUCAGAAUAAUCUGCUGAAUAUGACGUGUCACUUAAGUACAAACUCGCUGUACGAAGAAAUGUAAGAAAAGUUUAUGAUAAGAAGAGUAAGAAAAUGUUCUUGCCUGAGGCCCAAUGAUAAUCUGUUGUAUUAUCCUGCAGGAUCUGAUGUGAAGGGAGCACAGGUUGAAUAACGGAGUUCCCCAGAAUCGAUCCCUGGGGAACUCCGCUCAGAUUUACGAAGUGUCCCCGAGCAAGGCGCUGAUUCCCAAAAGGGCUAAAACUUAACACUCCUAGAAAUUCCUACUCUACAAGUUGGAACGGAAAGUGUCUCUUUAAACAACUGCAUUCCUGGACCUCGAGUGACGGUGAGUUCAGAUCACUGUCGGUGAAAUGUAUGAAAUAUUACAAGGGGGGAGCUGCGAUCUGAACGGCCGCUGUUCGUAGAAACACAGUGACUUUAUCUCCUGUAUCGUGGAACCACUGUUGUAAAUAGCACUUGAUAAAAUAAUUCAAACUCC